AGUAGUUACUCAUCUCCUCUCUUGUCUAUCCCACACACCGCGCCUCCUGCAUCAAGUCCCACAAACAAUGCCCACAGGAAGCUGCUUCUGCGGCGCCAUCCGCCUCGAAUACACUGGCCAACCUCUCCAGGUGGGAAUCUGCCACUGCACCGACUGCCGCAAACUAACCAGCUCUACCUACUCCUACUGCCUCGUGCUCCCUACCGCCAACUUCGCCGUGCGGACCGGCUCCCCACGCUCCAUCGCCAAAACGGCCGACACCGGGAACACGAUUCGGAAUUGGUUUUGUGGGGAUUGUGGCACACCACUCUACGGACACCGCGUUCAUGACGAUGGACGGGUACUAGGCGAUGGGGUGACUAUCCUCCGGGCGGGAGUGUUGGAUGAUGCUCAGUUGCUCGAUGAGAUGCGGCCGGAGGCGGAGUUGUUUACGGAGAGGAGGAUGAAGUGGGUUGGGCCGGUGGAGGGGGCGGGGCAGGUUUGUGGGAUGUUGAAGAUUUCUUCUUAA